AUGGUUGCCAAUAGUUACAUUACUAAUCACAGUUUUAGACAGUCUGAAAUUGUGCCUUUAUUAGAAACUGGUUUCAUCGGAACCUCACGUUCUUGGUGGGAUAAACAUUUAACGGAUGAGUCUAGAAGACAGAUAAUCCAUGCAGUUAAACUUAAUGAAGAUGGUCUCCCUAUAUUCGAUGAACAAUUAGGUCGAGUUGCACAGUCACAGAAUCCUAAGCCUUCUUCUUCUGGCACCUCACAAGCUUCCCUCUCAGUCGAAGGAAAAUCCAAAGCUGAGCUUCAAGAAAUUGCUAAACAAUUAAUUAUUCAAGCCUCUCAAAUGGACGAUGAUGAUGAGACCUCCCCAAGAUCACAAUCUUCUACUAGUCAACCAAAUCUGCCUGCUCGUCAAAAGAGUCCCUCUCAGCCAAAGCGGUUAACAACAGCAGAUGGUUAUGUCCUUGGCUUGCAAAGGGUUCCAGCUGGUCGGUCCGGUAACAAGACAGCAGCUAAGCUGCCUGUUUUGUUACAACACGGACUCCUUUUGGAUGCUUCAGCUUGGCUGCUCAAUGAGCCGGAUAAGGCUUUGGCAUUCAUCUUGGCAGAUAAUGGUUUUGAUGUAUGGCUUGCCAACGCUCGCGAGACAGAAUCUAGCGGCGAACACACAUCACUUAGCCCUAAUGAUCCGGCAUACUGGGACUGGUCAUGGGAUGAAUUGACUGCUUAUGAUCUUCCUGCUGCAUUCCAGUAUGUGAACAAUCAAUCAGGACGGAAAUUACACUGUGUUGGUCAUUCCUUGGGAACUUUGACUGCCCUUGCCGCCUUCUCCCAAGAAAAGCUGUUAAACCUGCUAAGAUCAGCUGCUUUGCUUAGUCCAAUUGCUUAUCUUGGUCAGAUAUCGCCGUUUGGAAGAACUGCUGCCGACAUAUUUUUAGCUCAAGGUGGCGUGCUAGUGGGUCCAUCUGUUAUCGGUGGUAUAAACUUUGCUCGCGCGUACAUAGCUCCUUUCCACAACUUCUUGACAAUAGAAACAAUUGCAAGCUUGGGCCUCCUUUACUACAUGUUCAUGGUGGGUUUAGAGCUUGAUUUCAAACCAGUAAAACGUGCUGGGAAGAAGGCUCUGAGCAUUGCUCUCGCGGGCCUCGUCGUCACCGUACCCCUCGGCGCGGCUCUUCAUUACUUUCUCCUUGGCAACGACUCUCGCUGGAAGUACAAGGGCAAAAGGCCCACCAGGUACGGGCCCUUGGUCUGGGGCAUUACCCUCGGCACCACCAGCUUCCUCGACCUAGCUCGAAUCCUCGCCGACCUCAAACUCCUCCAUUCUGAGGUCGGUCGGCUUGCCCUAUCCGCCGCCGUCAUUGCUGAGUUAUGCUCAUGGUUUCUUCUUGUCGUGACCAUGUCGGUAAUGACUGCGGCCGGGUGGCGCGGGUUCGCGACCACCGUAGCCUUCGUAGUCGUCUGUGUUUUUGUUCUUCGGCCUGCUCUCUUGUGGGCAAUCCGCUGCAAAUUUACCGAGAACAAAAAGAAUAAUAAUAACGAUAUGGACCUUAACGUGUGCUUUGUCCUGUUCGGUGUCGUGAUAUUCGGGUUCAUAACGCAAACAUGUGGGUCCCACUUCAUCGUCGGGCCUUUCGUGUUGGGAGCCAUCAUGCCCAAGAAGGGAGAGAUGAAGAAGAUGGUGAUGCAGAGGAUCCAAAACUAUGUGUAUCUGCUCAUGAUGCCCCUUUUCUUCUUGUUCGUCGGGCUAAGGACCGAUUUCAGGCAUGUUGUUUAUGAGGACGUUGAGAACCAAGUGCCCUACGGUGCAGCUCACGCGUGCCGUGUCAUGGUGGUUAUCGUUCUGUCUUCCGCUUCUAAGAUUUUCACCACCUUUCUCGUCGCCUUAAUCCACAAAAUUCAACCUUGGGACAGUUUUACUCUUGGGAUACUCAUGAACACUAAAGGAUUAUUGGGACUCAUCAUUCUCAACUCUGCUAAGGACCUACAAGUCUUGGACCACCGAACGUUUGCAGUAAUGAUGAGUGCAAUUUGGCUAAUGACGGUUCCUGUUGGACCCUUCCUAGCCCUGGGUUACAAGACCACAAGGGCUUCCGCACAAUACAAAAUCAGGAACAUACAAAGCUUAGAACCUGAUACCGAGCUUCGAAUCCUCACAUAUACCCACACCUCCACCAACGUCUCCGGCAUUGUAGACCUCCUUGAGGCUUCAAAUCCAUCCCGACAAUCCUGGAUCUACGUCUUCGCCGUCCAACUUGUGGAGCUCACCGGCCAAGCUUCGGCCAUGCUCAUCGUGCAUGACGCUUGUAAAGCUAACACAAAUCACACCUGGGCCAACACCGAGGCACAACCUGAGUCAUUCACCUCUAGAAAUGCCUUUGAAAGCUACGCCAAGGGAAGAGAAAACGUUUAUGUUCAAGCACUCACGACCGUUUCAGCCUACAACACCAUGCACGAGGACAUAUGCAAUCUGGCUGAGGAGAAGUGCAUCAACCUCAUAAUCAUCCCGUUCCACAUGCAAGCUAAUAUAGAUGGCGCCAUGGAGGAUGCCAACCCAAGUUUGAAGGGCAUCAACAAUAACGUGAUCGAAAAGGCCCCGUGCUCCGUGGCGGUUUUUGUCGACCGCGGGCUUAGUAUGUCCCAUGUGACCGAAUCCUGCAAGGACGCCUCCCAGGCCUACCGCCACUUCGCCAUGUUCUUCAUCGGAGGGGCAGAUGACCGCGAGGCAUUAACGUAUGCAUGGAGGAUGGCAGGAAAUCCGAGGGUUAACUUAAAGGUUGUACGGUUUAUCGUUACCCCAAAUAACAACGAAGGCAACAAGAAGAAGGAAACUGAUCCAAAGGUAAUGGAAGACAGUGGGAGGGAGAAGCAAAUAGACGAUUUGUACGUGGACCAAUUUAGGCUGAAGUCCAAGCACAACCCCAACAUACAAUUCUUGGAGGAGGCCAUGAAUAGCUGGGAACAAACUCUGAAUCUCAUAAGGGAGUUGGAGGGUGAAUAUGACUUGUACAUAGUGGGAAGACGGCAUGGAAGCACAUCACCGGCGAAGGCAUUUUUGGAUCAUUAUUUGAGCCAGACUGACGAUCAAUUGGGGCCUCUCGGGGAAGCAUUAUUGACUUCAAGUUUUGCAAUUAACGCAUCCAUUCUUGUAGUGCAGCAGGGGGCCGCUGUGGAUGAACCAGAGGAUGAAAACGUCUCGGUUAUAUGAAAUUAGCAAAAACCCUUCAAAAUUCUUUGUGAACUUGGAAUAGGAUGACUCGACUGAGAUCCUUUUCCUUUCUUUUUUGCCUUUUGUUUUGUUU